AUGAGGCUUUGGCAAUGGCUUCUCACAUUUGCCACAUUCGUCCUACUAAUCACCACGGAGGCCCGUCUCAGAAGACACAGAAAACGAAGAUUUGUAUCAAGUCAUUUUGAUGAGCUCUAUUGUGGAGAAAGUGCACAUGCUCAAUCACAGUUUGAAGAAGAACGCGAAUCCAAUUCUUCCAAAGUCUCUUCUGUACACAGUACCCAAUUUAAUUGGGGUCUCGAUAAUACAAUAUGCAUCAAACUUCAAAAUGUGGUUCAUGUGCUAAAAUACGAACGACUGGAACAACGAUACCCGAUUGAAAGUUCCUAUACUUUCUCUGUUCCUUUAAUUGACACAAACUGUAAGUGUCACUGUUAUGGGUUUGGAUCUAACGAUGUAUGCAAUGUGGAAAAAUAUGCAGACGAUAGAAAUUGCACAACAAAUUCAGAAUUUCCAACUUGCUAUACAAAAUAUCAUCCAGCCGUUGAGCCACUGGAUUGUCCAGUGACAAGCAUCCCUGCGAAGGCAUGUUGUGACAUAAAACUAAAACCAAGAGAUGGACGAAUGUUCCGAGCUGUGAAGCUUCAACAACCGAUUAACGACAUGAUCAUCACUCACUCAAUUUUUGCAAACAACAGUGGAAAAAUUAUGAAAGUUUUGGGCCCUGAAGAAUAUCGAAUAAAUUUAAUAAAAGGAAAAGAGCAAUUCGAGCUCACGGAAUACCACAGAAUAUCAGUGCAACUAGUAGCUUCUUCUCCUCAACAACAACUUCGAGAAGGAAUGUAUUAUUUUCCAGAAGAAAAUCACAACGAUCUUCGAGAGGGAAAAAUCAAUGAGAUAACUGAAAAUGAUUUGGACAAGCUUGGCUGGUACAGAAGAAUCGGAAACGAUUGGCAAGUUGCUACCAGUGGACUGCUACUCAGAAAUGCACAUAAAGUGGUCAUUAAAAACUGCAAAGGCCAACUACACAUGGACCAAUUCUCUGGAACAAAGAAUUUUGUGCUUCGUGGGACUCAAUACAAUGAUACAUUCAAUGAACGAAAAGUGUCAGAAAACAAUUUUGUGCGAAGUGUGAAAGUCGACGAGUCUUCUCGAGAAAUAACGAUCAUUCAUGAGCAUGGAACUGCUGCUCAGGUAUCUUUGAAAACAGAUACUCGUCCAAAUUUAACGAAAAGUCAAUCUCUUCUUGCCAAUUUCACGGGAAGCAUCACUUUGGAUCAUGAUGGAAAUCGAAUGCUUAAUGUUACUUUCUUCGGUGUCAAAGGAACAGUUCAUAUCAGAAUGUAUGUGAAUGAUAAAAAACUGGUGGCCACUUUUGCAUGUACUGCUCAAUUUGGAACCUCCGUGAAAGACGAUGGGAGUCGAAUAAGCCUUCCUUCGUCCAUCAAUCAAGCACAAUGGGUUUGUAUUCUACCGGAUGAGCAGCCUGUCAAGUCGGAAAUUUGUAAAUGGAUUCCGUAUGAAGAGAAGGCAAUUAGGUCGCCGAGACAGGAACAGAGCUGGUCCAAAGGACACUCGCCAUGUUCGCAAGCAGAGUGCAAUGGCCUGAAAAGUGGAGUCAGUGAUUUGUUCCCAUGGAUAAUCAAUUUCGAUUAUUUUAUGGCUCACGGUGGAGACUUGACAGAGUGGCUGAAAAUGGGAAUCCAUAUUGUCAUAGCUGUUGGGCUACUGUUCCUUCUUAUCAUUCUCUUCACAAAAUGCCUUGUUCCAUUGGCAUGUUGCUCACUAUCAAUCCCUUUCAAGAAUCGGAAUAAGAAAAAGAAGAAGAAGAACUCAUCAGAUUAUUGA